CGCACCGUCACUUUUCUCCUAAUUAUUCAACAAAAAGAUGGAUCCAACUAGGGAUAAUAAGUUAUACGGCGGCGUCGUCGUGCGCAUCUCGGACCGCAUGAUUCUGUGCAAGAUUUCGGGUGUACCAACAGAAAACUUCUCCAUCCCAGGGACAGUGUGGGCAGAGGUAGUGAGCAAGUGCGUGGCGCCACACUUCCGAACAUCCUCCUUUCUCAAUGUCACGUCUGACCUAGACCCCACAAAGGAAGUGCAGCUGUCCUACCAUAUCACAACAGACGAGGCGUUGGGUUUCGCCCUUAUUUGUGGAAAAGACGUGGGUCGCCGCCACGCGCAAAGCACCCUUGACGAGCUUACCGCACUCUUCCAUAAGAUGUUUGUGGAAGACACAAGUAAAUUGACUCCGAGAAUGGCUGAUAUGUUCUCGAAACCCGCCCGUGACGUGCUGGUCAAGAUGAGUAGCGAGUCUGGUGGCGAGGAUAAGGUUCGCCGCGUGAAGCAGGCUGUAGACGAGGUGAAGAAUCUGGCCCUCGACAAUGUUGAGCGGGUUCUCCAACGAGGACAGAAGAUCGACGAUAUCGUUCAGGCUACUGAGGAUCUACAAUAUCAGGCGCAGGGCUUUCAACGCAGUAGCCGUGAGCUUCGGAACCAGUUGUGGUGGAACACCAUGAAAGGAAAGCUUGUCGUUGGGGGAAUAGCAGCAGUGUUUAUUCUCUUGGUGCUAUUCACUUUUUUUGCAGGCAACGGUGAUGCUCAAAACGGCAAAUAA